CUAUCAUCGAAGAAGACAAAAGCGAAAGUUAGCUCGACGAGCUGAGACAAAGCUCCUGCUUGACAGAGAAUAAAAACACCCACGCGAUGUUGCAAGUGUUGAUAAAGGAGAGACUCAUGGCGGCAGCUGAUGAAAUAUUCGCGCUUUUUGAAAGGACGAUAGCGUCGUACGAGGAGGAACUUUCUCGAACAAGAGAGACUAAGGAAGCUGUUAGCGAGGCCCCAAUCGUGUUACGCGUUGAAGACGUCCAGCAGCGGAUGGGUCGUCAAGGAGAGCGUCGGCCGCGGUGGGGGAGCUCCACUUCAAGGCAGGAGUAUCCACAGCCCCCUCAAGUUAAAGAGGAAGACGGGGAACUUUGGAUCACGCCGAAGGAAGAGUGUCUGCGAGGGCAGGGGGAGGCCAAUCUUACCAAGUUGCCACUGACUGUUGUCUCUGUGAAGACUGAAGAGCAUGAAGACGAACCACCUGAGUCCUCACAGCUUCACCACAGAACAAACGUCCAGCAGCUGAUUGGUCGACAAGAAGAACGUCUUUCUUAUCCGCAUGCGGGGAGCUCCACUUUAGAGCGGGAAGAUCCACAGACCUUCCGCUUUAAAGAGGAAGAGGAGGAACUCUGGAUUAGUCAGGAGGAAGAGUGUCUUCUAUGGCAGGAGGAGGCCGAUCUCACCAAGUUGCCACUGACCGUUGUCUCUGUGAAGACUGAAGACCAUGAGGACAAACCACCUGAGUCCUCACAGCUUCAUUAUAGUCUAAGUGAGAAGAACAAGGGGGCGGAGCCUCAAAGCUGCAGCAGAUUAACACGAAACCCGAGGACAGAAGCUGAUGAAGACCGCUGUGGCGGAUCACAAGCUGACAACCUCUUAGCUCCACUAUCAGGCAGUGACGACACAUCACACUAUCCAGAGGAUGGAGAUACUCAAGAACCCUUGAGCAGCGAUACAGACUGUGAAGAUGAUAUUAAGACGGAUAAAAACUCUGAAUGUUCUAAACAAAACAUGUGUAAAAAAUGUUUAACCUGCUCAGUUUGUGAUAAACCCUUUUCUUAUAAGAGUGACCUGGCUCAACACAUGCGGACGCACACUGGAGAAAAACCUUUUAGUUGCUCUAUUUGCCAUAAGCUGUUCUCUGUCAAAAGCAAUAUGCGUUCGCACAUGAAGAGACACACGGGACAAAGACUUUUCAGUUGCUCGGACUGCGGCAAAACGUUCUUUCAAAAGGUACACAUGCUGUCCCACAUGAGAACGCACACGGGAGAAAAACCUUUCAGUUGCUUGGUUUGCGGCAGAACAUUCUCCGAGAAGAAUUCCGUCAGGUUGCACGUCAGGACGCACACGGGAGAAAAACCUUUCACUUGCUCGGUUUGCGAUAAAAGAUUUUCCCGAAAGACGCUGUUGGUGUCGCACACGAGAACGCACACGGGAGAAAAACCGUACCACUGCUCAAUUUGCGGAGAUGGGUUUUCUCGGAAGUCGUCUUUGAACAAACACGUGCAGACCCACUGA